AUGACGUCACAGCGAUGGAUCCUGGCAGUCUUCCUUUCACUGGCCUCAGUUUUAGGGACAGCUGAAUUGGUCACAACAGAAACUCAGACAGACACUUGCAGGACAUUUGGCAGCGGGGUUGUCCAACCUUUCAAUGGUUCAAGUUUCUACGUGCGCUCCAACUGCCCGUUCACUCUCACCCGCUUCACCCACAACCGGGUGGAGUGUGACAUCACCACACGGCGGGACGACAGCGGGCUGCUGGUCCAAGUCGAGAUCAUUAUCAACAAAGUCAGGACUGUUUUGACGAAUGGAAGCAUCCUGGUGGAGAAGAAAAGCGUUUCCCUUCUGUACGACCACACCUACCAGCAUAUCUUUCAGUACGGCAUCUACACUAAACUGAGGAGCUCGCUGCUUCCUCUGUCUAUCACUUGGCACAAUGUACCUGGAGGAAUAGACACAGCGUGGGUGGAGGUGGAGCAGGAGCUGAGUGCUGACAUGACCGGACUAUGUGGGAACAACCGAGGCAACAAGCAGCAGUUGAUCAAAGAGAGCGAGCUUGCUGAUGACACAUGUCAAACCAGAGAUCCUGUCUCCGUUACAAAUCAAGUAAGGAAACGGUUGCAGUGUAUGCUUGAAUAUGUCCAACUCUGUGACGAGAACACUUAUGGCUAUGAAAAAAGCAAAUACAUCAGCUGUGCUUUCUUCAAAGAAGUUGUCCAACAGUGUGGAAACAGCAGCUAUGUCUGGACUAGAUGGAGAUCUGAGACAGCAUGUGCGGAACAGAUUUGUCCUGGAGACCUGGUUUAUGUAGAACAGGGUCCGGCCUUUGUUCCCAGCUGCUCCAAUCUGAACCCCAGAUUAUCCAGCCAGGAUCUCACCAGCUCCUGCGUCUGCCCAAACGGUAAGGUGCUUAAUGAUCGUGCAGUUGGCUUCCACUGUGUGAGUGUGUCCAGCUGCCCCUGUGUGUUUGCUGGAAAGAGCUACUCAACUGGAGAUGUACGUGGCACCAAGUGUCAGACAUGUACGUGUGACAGAGGCACAUGGCAAUGCUCUAAAAACUUCUGCCCCAACAGAUGUCUUAUUGAAGGGCCGUUUGUGACAACAUAUGUGGAUCCAGAGCCCUACUACCAUGCCUGUGUGCAGGAAGCCUGCUCCUGUGAGUUGGAAGGGAAGUUCCUGGGCUUCUGCACAGCCGUGGCAGCCUAUGCGGAAGCCUGCAGUGACCAGGAUGUGUGUGUAAACUGGAGAACACCUGAUCUGUGUCUGUUGUCUAAAUCUAUGCUGAUGCCGCCAACAACAUUUACCACCAAGGUGUCUACAAGUGAAGGAUUUACCAAUGCAACUACCACUGAACUGACGACCCCGGAAGAAUCGGGCACAACAAAAGAAACGUACUACACUUCAAUAGCCACCACCCCAACGGAGACUAAAUUCAAAGCCAUCAGUGCAGAGUUAAUGGUUAUCAUUGAAACAGGACCACCACUCACAUCACCCACCUCAGGUCUAUCAGUGUGUAGUGCGUGUAAAGACCUGAAGCGCAACAAAACCUGGUGUGAUGGUGAGAAGUGGACAGAGGACUGCUACGAUAAGUCCUGUAGAAAUGGAACAAUUGAGUCGACUCCAGUGGUUUGUCCAGAGCCUACUAUUCCCGUCUGCCCCAGACAACUGACAACAAAAGUGCAGGAUGGAUGCUGUGAAACAUGGAAGUGUGACUGUCGCUGUGAGCUAUAUGGGCAUCCCCACUACAUCUCUUUCCAAGGAGUAAACUUUAAUUUCAUGGACAACUGCACCUACAUCCUGAUGGAGGAGAGGUCACCACUCCAUAAUCUGACCAUUGCUGUUGACAACUUCGACUGUGUGCCAGGCAUCGAAGGCUCCUGUGCUAAAGGCAUCAUCCUGAAAUAUCAGAACAGUACUGCUACACUCACUAUCAAUCCAGAUUUGUUUGCAGUACAGACACCUGGGUGGAGGUUUGAGACCACGGGGUACAUGGUGUCUAUCUACCUCCCUGAGAUCCGCUCUUAUGUCUCCCUCAGUCCGUAUUAUACCCUGGUGGUCAGUCUAGCCAUGGAACACUUCCUCAACAACACCCAAGGACAAUGUGGUGUAUGUGGCGUUGGAUCAUGUGUCCGUAAAGGAGGCCAGAUUGAGGACGACAGCUGCUGUGAUAAGACGGCCUAUGACUGGGUUUAUCCUGACCCGCUGAAGCCAGCCUGUGCUUCUGCACCAAGGAACGUACCUUGUCACCCAGUGACCACUCCACCACCCACUAACACCCCCACUGUCACCACCUCCUGUCCUGGGAGCCGACUAUGUGAGCUGCUAAACCAUCCUUGUACUGUAGUCUUUUCAGAAUGCAGGACGUAUGUGAAUCUGAUCCUUAAGAAGAGCAACUGUGAGUUUGAUUCAUGCAGGAGUGGCCCUUGUUCUUCACUAGAGCAAGCUGCUGACGAGUGCAAAAAUGCUGGUUUCUGUGUUGACUGGAGAAAUCUAACUAAUGGAAGGUGUGAUGUGCCGUGUCCAGAAGGAUUGGUUUUCAGAGAAUGUCAAAACAAGCUGGAUGACGUCUGCGAUGGAAUAGCACUUUAUCCAGGAGCCGUCCUCGAGAAGAACGCCAUAGGCAGUUUCUGUCCCAGCGGCCAGUUCAGGGCAGGACCGUUCUCAAACAUCUGUGUGUCUGACUGUCCAUAUUGUAAAGGACCACUUGGUGAGCCCAGACUGCCUGGUGAGGUGUGGCAGUCCGGCUGUAACCUGUGUACAUGUAACAACCAGACUCGGACAGAGGAGUGUCUUCCAAAACCUCCUGAGCCAGCUCCCAUAUGUAGCCCCGAUGCUGUAUUGGUAAACACCUCUUGCUGUGGUGAUCAGACUUGUGUUGAGAAGACAUGCAGAUAUCAUGAAAAAACAUACAAGGUGGGAGACAGAUGGAAGGAUGCUGCCCAUUCCUGCAUUUCAUUCAGUUGCAGCAAAGAGGGUAUUAAGACUGAGACUAGAGUCUGUCCAAAAGAAAACUGUCAGGAGGAGGACAGAAUUUGGGAUGACGAGCACUGCUGCUUUACAUGUAUCCAAAGCUGUGCUCCGAAGGUGACCAGUAUUAACGUCACCGUAGACAACUGUACCACCAUCAUGCAGAUGCCUGCGUGUCAGGGCCAAUGCAUGUCUGAACCCAGGGUCGUGUUACAGGGUGGCCUGCAGGUGGAGCAGAAGCACAGAUGCUGUCGGGAGCGGAGCUCCGAGAGGAGAUCUGUGACCCUGCAAUGCUUCGACCUCACGACCAGAUUCUUCUCUUACAGGCAUGUCACCAGCUGUGAGUGCAGAGGCUGUGGUGACCAGUGCUGA